AUGGUGUCUUUCGCAGACCUUGCACAGAUGACUAUACCACCAGCGAUCCUGGUGGAGCUUCAAAAUUAUACGACACCGACCGGCGUCGCUGAUUAUGCUGCUUUGGCAAUUAUCGCCAGUGUUUCAGCAGGAUAUUUCUCACGAGGGACUCUCUGGGACAAGGCGGAUCCACAUUAUCAUCUCUACUUCGAGCGUCCACAAUUAAAGAAUGGUAGCCAGGCUAGUACCAAUGCCAACAAAGAGACCAGGAAUAUUGCACGCAAGUUGGAAGAGGCUGGCAAGAACAUUGUCAUCUUCUGGGGGUCGCAAUCCGGUACUGCGGAGGGCUUUGCCAACCGCCUGGCCCGAGAGAUUUCCAUUCAAUGGGGUCAGGAAUGUAUGUCAGCAGACCUUUCGGAUUAUGAUCCAGUCACCAUCUCUGAGAUUCCGAAUACAAAGUUGGCCAUUUUCAUUGUUUCGACAUACGGCGAAGGCGAUCCAGCUGACAAUACCGCGGAUUUUUGGAGUUGGAUCACCAAGGCCGGCGGUAUAUCACUAGCCAAUCUUCAAUAUGCUGCCUUCGGCCUGGGCAAUACCAACUACAAAUUCUACAACAAGGUUGUUGAUGUUAUUGUGGAGGGGUUGGAGAAGUUUGGGGCCCAAGCCUUGAUGCCAGUCGGUAGAGCCAAUGAUGCCGAAGGUGCUACUGAAGAGGACUUUCUGGCUUGGAAAGAAGGCCUCUUUAAAGUAUUCAAAGAUAAGCUGGGCUUCAAAAAGGGUGAAGCAAAGUAUGUUCCAAGCCUAAAGGUCGAGGAAGAUGAGUCUCUGGAGCCCAUUGACCUUCACCACGGGGAGCCGAACAACCACAAUGAUACCGCCAAAGGAGCUGCCCAAUCUUCAGCCGUUCGCAGCUUGAGCAUUAUCAACUCUCGAGAGCUCUUCACCUCUUCCAACCGCAAUUGUCUCCACCUAGACGUGGAUCUCGGCAACCAGCCCGAAUUAACAUACAAGACGGGUGACCAUCUUGCCAUCUGGCCUGCCAACCCAGACUCAGAAGUUGAGCGUUUACUCAAGACCCUCGACCUUUCCUCUCGUCGCGAUGUUCCAGUCAUAAUCAGGCCCGUCGACCCAGCUACAAAGAUCACCCUUCCAACCCCGACGAGCGCCAUCGCCCUUCUCCGCUACUACCUGGAAAUCUGCGGCCCAGUCAAUCGAGACCAUGUCCGCGAUCUCGCUCAGUUCGCACCUACGGCCGAAGCGAAGACCUACCUGACCCAGCUGAGCCAAGAUAAAGACUUCUACGCAGAGUUCAUCAGUCGCACCCACCUGAACCUCGGUCGUCUACUACAACUUGCCUGCCCCAGUCAGACAUGGACGAAAAUUCCCCUCUCCUACCUUGUGGAAACCUUACCACACACCCGUCCUCGAUACUACUCCAUUUCCUCGAGCAGCGUAGUCUCACCCCGGAAACCUUCUAUAACCGCCAUCAUCUCUUCAACUCCGCUUCCAGGCAACCCAAACGAAUUGGUCCACGGCAUCACCUCAAACUACCUCCUAGCCCUCUCCCAACAUGCAAACUCCCAGCCCCAUCCACACGGCAUCACAUACCCUCUCAACGGACCUAGCAACGCACUCGAAGAUGGUGAUGGCCACGGCAAGAUCUUCGCCAACAUCCGUCGAAGCAAGUUCAAGCUCCCCAUAACGGCCAAGACGCCACUGAUAAUGGUCGGAGCCGGAACAGGACUUGCGCCCUUCCGAGCAUUUCUUUCCGAGCGAUGUCAGGUGCAGAAGAUUGGGAAGGAGAUCGGACAGAUGAUCCUCUUCUUCGGAUGUCGGGAUCCCGACGAAGACUUCAUUUACAGGGACGAGCUGGAGGCAAUGCAGAGUGCGCUCGGAGACAAGUUGCGGUUGAUAACUGCAUUCUCGAGACUUGAGGGUACGCCACGCCGAUAUGUACAGGACCGGGUUUCCGAGUUCGGGCAGGAUGUUGUCACGUUGAUUGAUGAGGGUGCUAGCUUCUAUAUCUGUGGUAGAGCUGGGAUGGCCCGGGAAGUGGAGAAGGCUGUUGGCGUGACGAUGCGGCAGGCUAAGGGGUGGUCGGAGGAUGAAUUCAACAAUUGGAGUAAGGUCGUUAAGAAAAAGAACAAGUGGCAGGAAGAUGUUUGGGGGUGA